UCCUUAAAUUAUUCAUCGUGAUAAAAUCAGAAAAAAGAUAAAAAUAAACCUAUAUCAUCCCCACUGAAAAGCAACAAUUCUAUAAAUACUUCCAAUUAUGUAAAUACUUACCUACCUGCUUUCAGAGAACAAAAUUAAACGCUCAGUUUCCACGUCAAUCAUAACAUAAUUUUACUGUUUAACCAUCCAUUUCACUGGGCACUAAUAACCAUAUUUGUUUGUUAAAAAAUAAUCUUUAAAUCUAACCGUUUAGUUAACUAAACUCAGGUUUAGUUGCUAUUAACAUUACAGAUAAAGUUACUUUCAGAACAACAUGUACAUAAAAUGUUUUGUGGUCUUUGCAAUCUAUGCUGUAUAUUUUGUAACUUCAAAUCAGCAGAAGGAGUAUGGAAAGUUUAACUUAACAAUAACACAAUUCGACGUAUGCAAGGGGCCAAAACAAAAGGAUUGUGCAGUUUUACAGGCCGGAAUCAGCAACUACCAUUCUUUAUAUAUUGACUUGAAUGUCUUGCAGAGAAUAUCGCCCUCAAAGGGGAAAAUCGUCGCAUAUUCAAAUGGAAAGGAGUUCCUUCGACUGCAAGUGAAGAAACCAUGCGAUCACCUGUUCUUGAGGCCUCUAUUCAACUCCAUCAUGAAUAUUACUAAGGACUGUUAUGUGAUCAAGGGCCACUACAAAUACAGCAUCGAUAUACUCUCAAUAGCACAGUCGUACUUCGGUGGUACAUUCAUACUUGGCAACUGGACCUUCAAAUCAGUGUUCUACAGUGAUGUCUGCAAUUUAUCCUGCGCCAAUAUAUAUGUAGUGAUGUCACCGUUGAAGUAAGAAUUAAACAAGCGAGGCAUAGUCCAGAACAUUAUAUUAUUUUGGAGUGAAGU